GGAGCAUGGUUACAGAAAUUCAUUAUCAAUUAAAGUCUCACUAAGCGACAAUGUAUAGAUUUCAUAAUUGUUUAGUCUUCUUCUGUCUUUACUCCCAAUAUUUGGGAGGCAUAGUCAAUGCAGAGAAUAAGCCGUUAGUGACAGUGGCGCAGGGGCAGCUACAGGGUGUCGCAGACACGUUGUAUGACGGAUCCACUUACUAUAGCUUCAAGGGCGUUCCGUAUGCCCAGGCACCAGUGGGAGAGCUGAGGUUCAGGGCUCCCCAGCCACCUCAAUCCUGGAAAGGAAUACGCCAAGCGACUGAAUAUGGCUCCAUCUGCGCUCAAACGGACAUCAACACAGGCACCCCUUUCCGAGGCAGUGAAGACUGCUUGUUCCUCAACGUCUUUACCAAAUCCCUCGACGGCAGCAAACCUGUCAUGGUCUGGAUCCAUGGAGGAGGAUACUUAUCUGGAUCCGGAAACGAUAACCUGUACGGACCAAAGUUUAUCGUUCAAGAAGAUGUUGUCCUGGUCACUUUAAACUACAGACUUGAAGUGAUCGGAUUCUUGAGCUUGGAAACUGCCGAGGUUCCCGGCAAUGCGGGCAUGAAGGAUCAAGUCGCUGCGUUGAAAUGGGUUAAGGAGAAUAUAGCUAAGUUUGGAGGCGAUCCAGAUAACAUCACCAUUUUUGGAGAGAGUUCUGGGGCUUGCUCAGUGACUCAUCAUAUUCUGUCGCCGAUGACUAAGGGACUGUUCCAUAAAGUUAUUGCUCAAAGUGGUUCCAGCGUCCACGAUUGGGCGAUAGGUGAAGACAGCAAGAACAGAGCGUUUAGAGUUGGAAAAGUUUUAGGAAAGGACACGCAAGAUACCACUGAGCUGCUUAAAUUUUUAAGAUCAGUAUCAGUAAAACAACUAACUAAUUUGACACUUUCUACGUAUAGCUCAGACGCUGAAAAGUACAGAGGGUCGGCUGAGAAAUUUUUACCUGUUGUCGAAAAAGUAUUUGAUAAUGUUGAAGCAUAUUUAACCAAUAAUGUUUUAACUACUCUUCAGUCAAACUCAGUUCGUAAAGUUCCAUUGUUAUUAGGAUUUAACUCCGCUGAAGGCAUGGUGUCGCUCGCGGAUCGUUUAUCAAAGCUAGACAUUUAUAAUAAAAAUCCAUCCUACGAUGUGCCAAGAGAGAUUGUAGAAAAAGUAACUGAAGGGAAAUUGAGUGAUUUGGGCAAAUCAAUUAAGACUCAUUAUAUUGGUGACAAAGAUUUUACCAAAAAAGAUUAUCAGGCGAUCGUGAGUCUGUUGUCGGAUUCGCAAUACAUAUACGACGUGCAUAGAUUUGCCCACUUAUAUUCUAAGCACAGCAGUCCUAUUUACAUGUACGAGUUCAGUCUUGUGAGCGACCUUAACUUUUUAACGAGCCUCAGUAACGCGGGCCUGGAUGUGAAAGGAGUAUGCCAUGGAGACGAAGUGUUUUAUAUCUUUUCUAGUAGUUUUACCAAAGCUGCUUAUGAAGCGCAAGAAAAAUUGAAGGGCUAUGUAUCGAUGGUAACUAAAUUAUGGACGAAUUUCGCUAAAAGCAGUAACCCAACCCCAGCCGGUUCAGCAACAACCUGGCCAGUAUACACGUCAGCGAACAAGAAGUACCUGGACAUAAACGAGAAGCUGACCGUGGGCACCUUCGCAAACAAGGCGGGCGUCGACUUCUGGGACACCCUGUAUUGUGAGGCUGGCGUGCCUUGCAUUAGCAAAUAAUUUUACAACUGGCUAGUGUUUCAUGGGCUUGCUAAUAGUUUUUCAUAGUCUAAUAGGUAAUUAUAGCAGUUAAAAAUAGCUUUCAGAAGAACAAUAAAUAUAUAUACCUAAUAA